AUGGCUUUGCGACUGGCAUCAAGUCUGCGGAUCCGGCUGGCAGCAGGGGGCUACGGCGCGAGGUCAGGACUCCCCGGAUGCGUGCGGUCACAUCUUCCGCAGAGCCGCCAGGUAUGGCAGACACCCCGACGCGGGCCGCAAGACUUCUGGCGCACGGGCGCCACCGGCAUCACUGCAGGAUGCCUUGGGUCCCUCGUUGGGUUGGGGGGCGGAUUCAUUGCAGUGCCCAUGAUGACCAGUUGGGUGGGCAUCAGCCAGCAUCUGGCGACCGGCUCCAGCCUUGCAGUCGUCCUCAUGACAGGGUCUUCCGGGGCCUUUGGAUACAUCCGACAUGGGCAGAUCGACUACGAGGUCGCCCUGGCGAUUGCGCUGGGGGGCAUGAUCUUCGCGCGCGCCGGCGCGAAGCUCAUGGCCAACACCGACGCUGCCCGCCUGAAGCUGUACAUGGGCAUGCUGCAGGUGGCGGUCUCACCGCUCAUUCCGCUGAAGGCGCAUUUCAGCAAGAGCAGGCCAGCCACGGAGGAGAAGCGCGUCGAAGCGCCGUGCGUGGAUGGCAGUGAGAGUAUUCUGGCUGGUUCGGAAGCCCGCGCGGGGCAUGGUGUUUUUGACGCCGAGCGGUUUGCGAAGAUGUUUGUUGUGGGAAGCCUGGCAGGAUUCCUAUCAGGAAUGUUUGGAGUGGGGGGAGGCGCCCUGACGGUGCCAGCCAUUGCCCUGAGCACAUCCCUGCCACAGCACGCCGUGGUCGGAACCUCCCUACUUGCAAUGCUGCCGCCGGCGGUCGUCGGCACCGCCGUCAACCUGGCCAACGGGAACAUCUCCCUGGCAGUUGCUGGCCCUCUUGCUGCCGGAAGCUUUCUUGGGGGGUGCCUUGGAAGUUUGGGCCUGGCCCCACUACUCCCCGAAGUGGCCCUGCAGAUGUUGUUCGCCGUCCUCAUGGCCAGCGUAGGCGCGAGAACGAUUUUCACAGCCCGGCGCCUGCUUGCGGCGGCAGGGCCAAAGUGA